AUGAAGCUAUUCGUAAAGGUCUUAUUCUUUUGUGUUGUAACCUAUGUGGCUGCUAGUGAUCAAAAUCAAAGAAAUUCGAUCGCUGAAGAUCUUGGAGUAUACGACAUCUCGAGAUUCGGUUUGGAGCUGCUGUUGGCUAAAUUGGAUAACAUACAACAUACUCUACUAGAGCAACAUCGGAUUACUCGCGAGGAGAUCUUUGCUGCCCUCCAUAAACUCGAACAUGCAGUCGGACACAAUUUGACCGUGCUUCAAGAUAGAUCGUUAAUGCAGACCUCGUGUGUCACGCUGAAACCUAAGCUGCCAUCCUACUCAUCGUGUAAAGAUGUACCAUCCAACGUCUCUGGAGUUUACCUCAUACGUGUAAACGGUAGAAGUGAACGAUUUAAUGUGUAUUGUGAACAAGAGAGCUUCGGUGGUGGAUGGAUUGUACUACAGCAUCGAUUCAACGGUUCCGUUGACUUUUAUCGGAACUGGACCGAAUACCGUGAUGGAUUUGGUGAUUUGGAGAAGGAAUUCUGGCUGGGUCUUGAGAAAAUGCACCAGAUAUCGAAGACACGUGCGUAUGAAUUGAUCGUGGAAUUGAAAGACUUUAGCGGCACUUACAAGUAUGCACGAUACAACGCAUUCGAGGUAGGAGAUGAAAGUGAACAGUACAACCUUAAAGCCCUUGGAACGUACAGUGGCACGGCUGGGGACUCUAUGGCGGGAAACGCUGGGAUGAAGUUUAAAACGAUGGAUUCGCCACGCGAUCGGAAUACUGUAAAUUGUGCUGAACACCAUGGAAGCGCCUGGUGGUACAACUAUUGUACCUUUGCCAAUUUAAAUGGACGAUACUCAAGGUUUAACAACGAUAAAUCAAUGUUCUGGUACUACUUCAAAGGCAACCAUGAAGGAUUGAGUUUUUCGCGGAUGAUGAUUCGUCAACUUUAA